AGAAAGUCUGAGGGCUGCUGAAAGCGUUUGUAUUUGGUGUUAAACUUGUGAGGUGUGGAUCUGAUGAGCGCUGAGGCUCAGCUGGGAAGCCACCCAUGCGCUGACGUCACGGGGCUCUGACAAGCUGGUGGUGCCGGAAGAAAAGAUGGCGGAUCAUGAGGAGCAGCUAUCCGACGAGGAAAAGGUUCGCAUAGCAGCUAACUUUGUCAUCCAUGCCCCGCCAGGAGAGUUCAACGAAGUCUUCAAUGAUGUGCGAUUGCUGCUCAACAAUGACAAUCUUCUCAGGGAGGGUGCAGCACAUGCUUUUGCACAGUACAACUUGGACCAGUUUACUCCGGUGAAAGUUGAGGGCUACGAAGAACAGGUCUUAAUUACAGAGCAUGGUGACCUUGGGAACGGCCGGGUCCUGGACCCAAAGAAUAAGAUCUCCUUCAAGUUUGACCACCUGAGGAAGGAGGCCAGCGACCCACGCCCGCAUGAUGUUGAUGGCUCCAUGGAAGGCUGGAGGAGCGCCGUGGACUCCGCCGUCAGGGCCUACGUCAAGGAGCACUACCCCAACGGAGUGUGCACCAUUUAUGGAAAAACCAUAGACGGUCAUCAAACCAUCAUUGUGUGCAUUGAGUGCCAUCAGUUUCAACCCAAAAAUUUCUGGAAUGGACGCUGGAGGUCAGAGUGGAAGUUCACCAUCUCUCCCUCCACCACUCAGGUGGCAGGAAUCAUGAAAAUCCAGGUUCAUUACUAUGAGGAUGGAAAUGUUCAGCUGGUGAGCCACAAAGAGGUUCAGGAGUCCAUGUCUGUUUCUAAUGAGGCUUCAACUGCUAAGGAGUUUGUUAAGAUCAUGGAAGCUGCAGAGAAUGACUAUCAGACGGCCAUUAAUGAGAAUUACCAGACCAUGUCGGACACUACCUUCAAAGCCUUACGCCGCCAGCUUCCUGUGACACGCACCAAGAUCGAUUGGAACAAGAUCCUGAGCUACAAGAUUGGCAAGGAGAUGCAAAACGCUUAAGAAGAAAAACAAAAAACAGAAGAGAAGAAAACAGAUAGAUCCCCUUGACCCCUCACCCCCCUCCCAAACAAUGUUGCAUGACUGGAUAGUUGUAUCGUCUUUGUACAAAAAUUUGAGAAAACAGGGACAAAGAAGGGUUUGGUCUCACAGCCAGACGUUGUACCAUACAUGGCUACCUUUCUUUACAUGCACUGUAUUAUUGGAUCCAUGAUGACAAAAGUUUAGUGUAUUUGGGGAAAAAUGAAAACCAAAAUCUAGAGGAAACAUUGGAAGACAUAGGAAAAAAAGAGCAAAACCUUGGAUGUAAGAACAAACCGUAUAAAGUUCCAUUACCACACGUGCAAUAUCUGAGUGAGGCCACACCUUUUAAUUUGACCUGAUGAGAGACGGAUUGAAUUUGCAGAUGUGGUUAAAAACAAAUAAUUUUUUGGGAGACUUUUUUAUUUUAUUUUAUUUUUUGUUUCUUUACAAAAGAGCCCAGAUAUUCCGGCUGAAAUAAACGAGUCCUUUCACUUCACUGUUAAUGUUCCAUUCAGUUUCAGUCAAGUGCAUAAAGCAAAACAAAAUAAACGGUUUUGUGUUCAUCUUUGGCACAAUCAGCCAACAUUAACAGACACUCAAUGUCCUUGUCUCCUCAUUUUGGUACUUUGCCUCACCAUCUGUCCUAUAUGUGAGAACUCAACUUUGCAGUGCUCCUAGCCUUUUUGACUUGACAUUGUCUGAACUCUCACUCAGUGCAGAGAGGUCGGGCCACUUCAACAAGCUUAAUUAACAAGACAUGAGUCGCUCAAUAAUGUGCUUAAUGUCCAAUUUACAAUAAAAUUAAAAAAGCAUCACUUUUUCUCCUGCAGUGCUUAUUUUUUAUUAAAAAAAGCAGAACCUGACUGUAUUAUAUAAACGAGGCACACUGUAAUAUAUUCCUGUAUGAAACAGCCUGUCUGUCAGUUUGGUGAUUUAUUUCCAUGAGAUUAACUGUAAUUCAGUCACAAUUAUGUUGCAUUAAAUGACAAAUUUUCUA